AUGGGCAGCUCAUAUUUGAAACUCAAAGACGGAACUGACUUAUUCUACAAAGACUGGGGCACUGGAGACCCAAUUGUCUUCUCCCACGGCUGGCCGUUGUCUUCCGAUGCUUUUGAGGACCAGAUGUAUUACUUGGCUCUGAAGGGAUACAGGGUUAUUGCUCACGACAGAAGAGGCCAUGGCAGAUCUUCGCAGCCAUGGGAUGGUCACAAUAUGGACCAGUACGCCGAUGAUUUGGCUGAACUAAUCAAUCACUUGGAUUUGAAGAGUGUAGUACAUGUGGGCCAUUCUACUGGUGGAGGUGAAGUCGUAAGGUACCUUGCUCGUCAUGGAACCAAAAAAGCCCUGAAGGCCGUUUUGAUUGGUGCUGUUCCUCCUCUUUUGGUCAAGACCGACUUCAAUCCUGACGGUGUUCCAAAAGAUACCUUUGACGAGAUCAGAGGAAACGUUUUGAAAGACAGGUCGCUGUUUUUCAAGAAAUUGGCUUUGACGUUUUACGGCUUCAAUCGUGAAGACGUCGAUACAUCCCAAGGCUUGAUCGAUGGAUUCUGGUACCAGGGAAUGCAGGCCUCAAUCAAAGCACUUUAUGAUUGCGUUGAAGCUUUCUCUGAGACUGACCAGAGGGAGGAUUUGAAGAAAGUUGACAUUCCAACGUUGGUGAUCUAUGGUGAGGAUGAUCAAAUCGUUCCUCCAAAAACGGCCAGUCUCAAUGCCUUGAAAUUGUUGCCCAAAGGUACCGAGAAGGCCUACCCGGAGGCAUCUCACGGAAUUUGCAGUACACACAAGAGGCAGAUCAGCAUCGAUAUUGAAAACUUCAUCAAUAAGUAA